UGCCGCCGCCGCCGCCGCCGAGCAUGAACUGCGCGCUGCUGGACGGGCCGGACAUGGAGUGUACAGAGAGCUGGAUUGAGAGGUGCCUGAAUGAGAGUGAAAGCAAACGGUUUCCAAACCACAACGCCCUGGGGAGCACUUCCAUCAGCGAAGAGCAUGAAGAAAAGGAAAACAACCGGGCUUCAAAGCCCCACUCCACGCCAGCAACCCUGCAGUGGCUGGAGGAGAACUAUGAGAUUGCGGAGGGCGUGUGCAUCCCGCGCAGUGCCCUGUACAUGCACUACCUGGACUUCUGUGAGAAGAACGACACGCAGCCCGUGAACGCCGCCAGCUUCGGCAAGAUCAUUCGACAACAAUUCCCACAACUGACGACAAGAAGAUUAGGAACGCGAGGUCAGUCAAAGUAUCAUUACUACGGAAUAGCGGUGAAGGAGAGUUCGCCGUACUAUGAUGUGAUGUAUUCCAGGAAAGGAGCUGCGUGGGUGAAUGAGACGGGAAAGAAAGAGGUAGCGAAGCAAGCGGUGGCUUACUCGCCCCGCUCCAAGCUGGGCACCCUGCUGCCUGAAUUCCCCAACGUCAAGGACCUAAACCUGCCCACCAGCCUCUCAGAGGAGAAGGUCUCCACGUUCAUCAUGAUGUACCGGACACACUGCCAGAGGAUCCUGGACACGGUGAUCAGGGCAAACUUCGACGAGGUGCAGAGUUUCCUGCUGCAUUUCUGGCAGGGCAUGCCCCCUCACAUGCUGCCUGUGCUCGGCUCCUCCACCGUUGUCAACAUCGUCGGCGUCUGUGACUCCAUCCUCUACAAGGCCAUCUCCGGCGUGCUGAUGCCCAGCGUGUUGCAGGCUCUGCCCGACAGUCUCACUCAGGUGAUUCGAAAAUUUGCCAAACAGCUGGACGAGUGGUUGAAAGUGGCGUUGCACGAACUUCCUGAAAACUUACGAAACAUCAAGUUUGAGUUGGCGAGAAGAUUUUCACAAGUUCUCAGGCGCCAGACUUCCUUAAACCACUUGUGCCAGGCGUCGCGGGCGGUGAUCCACAGCGCAGACAUCACCUUCCAGAUGCUGGAGGAUUGGCGUGGCGUGGACGUGGGCAGCAUCAGCAAGCAGACCCUGUUCACCAUGGAGAGCUGGCAGGCCCAGCACCAGCAGCUCAUCGUUAAACUGUAUCAGGAAUUCGACCAACUCCUGGAGGAACAGUCACCCAUCGAAUCCUACAUUGAGUGGCUGGACUCCAUGGUGGACAGAUGUGUCGUCAAGGUGGCAGCAUCACAGACGGGCACUCUGAAGAAGGUGGCGCGGCAGUUCUUACUGAUGUGGUCUUGCUUCGGGACGAGAGUCAUCCGGGACAUGACGUUGCACAGCGCUCCGAGCUUUGGUUCCUUCCACUUGAUCCACUUGACCUUUGAUGACUACGUACUCUAUCUGCUGGAGUCUCUCCACUGCCAAGAGAGGGCCAACGAGCUUAUGAGGGCCAUGAAGGGGGAGCGUUGCACAGCAGAGCGUCAGGAGGAGGCGGCACCUUCCGAACACAGCCCGGCACCACAAUCUCCCCCUCCCUUCUCUCCGGAUCAACCCGUGUCCGCGGACAUCGCUGUCGCCUCGCCCAGCAACAGUCAGUCUCCAGACUACCCCGCGUCCACCACGGCAGCCGUUCAGUCCUACACCUGGUCGCUGACCUACACGGUGACCACAGGAGCAGCUCCGGACAGCCCCCAGCAGGUGCCCUGCAUGCGAAGCAAUGCCACGGCCCCGGUCCCCGCUUCACACCGGCCCGGGAUACCCGGAUACACGGCCCGGGACCAGCAUGGGUACACAGGAGGCUACAACUACGGUAGUUACAGCAAUCCAGCCCCGCUGCCCAUCCAGAACCAGUACCCAGCCCUGACACACGACGCCCUCUCCUCACCACUGCCCUAUCCCACCUACCACAGGAGUGGAUCACAGUAUCCGUUCAGCGGCCAGAGCCCGCGGAUGGAGCCCUGCCUGAUGGGCAGCACCCCCCGGCUACACUCGGCGCCCGUCACCCCUCGCUGGCCCGACGUGUCCUCGGCCAACACUUGCUACACCAGCGCCUCCAUGCACUCGGGGAGGUACGGGGGCUCGGGCGACAUGUACACCUCGCUGGUGCCCCGCCGCAGCGCCGACUACGAGCACACGCAGCACUUCCCCGGCUUCGCCUACAUCAACGGCGAGGCGUCCACGGGAUGGGCUAAGUAGUCCCGCGGGUGGUGUGUUGGGGACCCGCAGCCGCCGGCCCGCGGCCACACAGAGAUGCCGGACCACCUCUCCCUCCCGCCGGCCCUCCCAGGCUUGGAGAGGCCGCUUACACACCGGCACGAGUCCGGCUGUUCCCCACAGACAAUGGCCGGAGUUUCCAACGGGACCUGUGGACAGACACUCUCUCAACCCCCUUUCCAUCCUCCCCCUCCCUCC